AUGAGCAGCUACAAAGAAUUUUGCAUUUUGACAGGGCGAAUUUUCAUGGGAAGGUGAAAUCUAUAGUAUUUUUGCCAUUAUUUCCCUUUAAUUUCGUUAAAUUUUCGGUUCGGUUGCGUUUUAAUUUUAUAUUAAAUAGAAUUUUAUUUCGACGCUCGUAAUAUCUGAAACAAUAACGAAGAUGAAAAUUGCGUUCUUGACGUUGUUCGUCAUUGGUGUGGCAGCAGCAUCGAAUUCGGUCGUUUUAGUCUUCGCACCAGUACCAAAAAUACCUGCGCUAGAAAGUAUCGACUAUGAUAGCUUCAACGCAAUUGUUAAGCCAUUAGCGGAAGACCACAUGAUUGCUGUUAUCCAAGAAGACGGAUUAUCGUACAAUGAUUUCUUGUGUAAAAGCAACAGAACAAAAGAACAAUCAUGUUACUCUCGCCUACAAGGCAUAACACCUAAAACUUUUUAUAGGAGUGUUAAUAACCCCGAGAAAGUUUUGCAGAGUUUAGAUCCCAAUAGUGAGACUAUCAUUAUCUCAAAAAGUGGAAAGCUUGAAACGCCAUUAAAAUGCAAGGCUGGGAAAGUUGUGUUUUUCAGGUUCGAAGCAGAGCCUGAGUUGAGCCGCGAAGAUAUUUUGGAGACUCAUGAUUUUGCCAUUUCAAAUUUAAUGAAACAGGUAUCUUGUCCCACAGUAUUUAUGUACACAUCUACACCUGAAAAGGAAAGUACUGUAAUUAAACGUGCCCGUCGUGCACUUUCAAUUUGGGAGACCGCCGCCCCAGAGGGUGGAAUUAUAUUCUCUAACCCUAAGUUUCAAAUAUUCUUUACAACAUUGUCUGUGACAAUAGAUAACACAAAGAAAGACAUUACCAUUAGCAGUAUGAAAAUCGAUGAACACAACACAACCGAUUUCACGGUCACUCUUGCAAGCAGUGAUGGUGUAGACAAUGUUACUUUUAAUAUUGCGCUAAAAGCAGGAUACUAUUACAUGAAGCAAUUGACUUACAAUACGAAUACACAAUUCCUCACAAGUGAUGUAAACGCACCUCCAGCAUUCUCCUAUUUUUGUGGCAAUUUAACAGUUUCUUCACUCAACGGUAACAAACUCCUUUGGAACUCCCUCCAAUUCCAAGCACCUUUUAGUAGCAAAGUCAAUGCGGUAGGCGAUUAUUUUCAAUUUGGGGAUUCUUGGAACUGUGUAGGAUUUGUUAGUCAUGCAAUCCUCGCUGGCUUGUUUGUAUCCGUUAUUUUGCUUGCGAUACUUUUCGUCGGUAUAUGUUGGAUGAUGGAUAUCAACACAAUGGAUCGUUUUGAUGAUCCUAAGGGCAAGACAAUUACAAUAAAUGCCAACGAGUAAGCGUUAGCUGCUUAUUAGUUAAUCGCUGGUAGCAUAACGCCGCCCAACUGCUACUGUCAACAGCGUUUUUGCACUGUCAGUUGCGCACAGUUCAUUCCCCUUAUUAUUUUAUUGAUAUUUUAUGAUAUCAUAUUGGUCAUUAUCUAUUAUAUCUUUGGAUGUUACAUGGAUAAGAAGGCAUUAUUCAAUUAAAAAUUUAAAAGUGUGGAUAUUAGAAUUGCAGUAACAACAAAUUCAUUCUCUAGAGCAGAUUAUUGCGUUGCUUUUUCAUAUAUAAUUUCUGUUUUUUUCUAAAAUAAAUGUUUUAAAACGGCAUUUCCAAGUUUCUACCAGAACUUUCAUGAAACUUUCCAUCUCUUACCUCAGCAUCUACUAAAUUUGACGAUAAUCAAGUUGUUUUGAUGAGAAUUGUGAUUGAAACUUGAAUGCGUAAUAUAUUAUAUUAUAUCAUUUAUUUAUUUUGGCUCAUUAAAGUUUAUAUAAUUUUUUUUUGAAUAAUUCCUGGGCGAUUUAUUGCUGCGAUGCAAACAUAUUUUGUGUGUGUGUAUGUUUGUAAAUAUCAUUUAAACAUCGAUGUGGUGAAAUACGUAUUAAUUUUCAUUAAUGAAUAAUCUAUUUUUAUAGUGUCAUGUAUUGCGAUAGGCACAAAAAAUUAAAUUUUAAAAUAAAUAAAA